AUGUCUCAUUACCAAAACGGAGCUCAUAGCCGAGGGACAUUUUCAUCCCAAAGGUCAGCACGCCAAGACCAAAGUCUCUCUAACAUAAAAGAAAGAGUUGACCAAAUCUCAGCCUCCAUGAAGCAAUCUCAAAGCUUGCUUAAAUCCAAAUACGGAUCUCUGCCACAGACACCUGAAAAUCAUGCCCAAAAAUACCCAGCUCGCAAUCCUAAUAACCUAAGCUCAAGCUCCAUGAGAUUUAAUCAUGAAGAAUCUGAAAUCCGAGCCCGAACUCCUCCUAAAAAACAUAGUCCUGAUAGAUGAACAAAGACAAAAGCUGACGACCCACUGAGUGAAUUUUUAAAUGAUUUGGGCUUAGAAGAAUUGCUGCCGAUUUUUGAUGCAAAUCAGGUUUCCUAUGAAGAUCUGCAGUAUUUGACUAAAGAAGAUUUAAAUGAUAUGAAUGUUCCUAUAGGGCCUAGAAAUAGGCUGUUUAAUGCGAUUUCUAGCAUUCAGAAUAAUCCUCAAGCUUAUGAGCAGAUGCCUAGUAAUCAUACUUCUCCGAAAAGAUUGCAAUUAAAAGAAGAGGUCGAUCAGUUUAUGAAUGAACUUACACAACUGUCGAAGAGAAAUGAGUCGAGAAAUAGGCCUUCGUCAAGGCAACAAAGCAUUGAUAGCGCUUCGUUUGAGUCAGCUCAGUCGCAGAGGUCUUAUGAGUCAUUGAAAGCUAUGCUGAUGGAUAUUAGUGAAAAACAAGAAUUUAUGAUGAAGGCUAUUAAAGAAAACCAGAAAGCAAUUGCAAUUUUGGAAAAAAAACAAAAUGAAAAAAUAUCGCUGUCAAUGUCGAGAGGAAGAAGCAGCAAAAGUCCUGGGAAAGCUAGUGUGAAAUAGGCUGCAUGUCUUUUUCUAGAAGCUAUUCCUUCUUAUAGAUAUUUUCUCUUACUCCCUCCUUAAUUUGAACAAAAUAUGGGCAAAUUUUCAUUUUUUUGUUAAUUUAACCUCCUUUAAAUUUGAACAAUUUUUUUCGAAAUGAAAAUUUUAUAAUUGAAAAUGAUAAUUUUAUAAAAUUAGUUUUGACUUAAUUUAAUUGAAAGGUGCAAAUAUAAUAUUAUUUAAACAUUUUUCACACUGAAUUGAUUAAUUUUUUUUUGAUUAAUUCUUCAUAAAAUAACUAAAAUACAAAAUAUCGUAUUCUAUUUAUAUGCUUUUAAUUUUUUAAAAUUUUUAAUAAAAUUUGUUUUAUAGAUUAAAAAAUUUACCCCCUUUUAAAUUAGAACAGAAUUUUGGUUCCAAUCUAAAGGGGGAGUUAACUAUUUCGUUCAAACUUUUUCUUCGUCAAAUAUUUGAUAGAAAAAUAGCGGGUUCUCCAAGUUAAUGUUUGGCGGGAAAAAAGUUUUAGCUAAAUGAUUAAGGGAAUGUCUGCUGGAGAAAAAAUCAUGAAUAAGACGCGCUAAGGUGAAAUAUGCCUAA